AUGGCGUUCUUCGCCUACGCGCCCGCUGCUCUGUGCGUCGUGGCUCGGCAUCAUGAGUUUGAGAACCGCUUCUGGACGUGCACGGCCUUUCUCUUUAGCGCAGCCGUGCUGUACAUUCGCGACUCGCCGCUGGCCGUUGGGCAGUGGAACUCGGCGCUCGGCCUCGUGCUCGUGUUUGGCUUCACUCUGAGCGUGCACUACUUUGACCGCUUCUUGCACCGCCAGGAGAUCAGCCGCCGCCCGCGCUUGAAGACCGCCACGCGCCACCUGUCGCACAACCUGUUCCAGUACAAGGCCGGGCCAAGAAAGACCGCCCUCCUCGUCGAGUGCGUGAGCCGCAUCGACCGCCGGUACCUGCCCAGCACGAUCAACAACAUGCUGAACCUCGCCGAGGUCAAGCAGCGCGAACACAAGAUCUUCCGCAUCCUCGCGGGCGCCGGCAAAGACGAGCUGAACUACGUGGUGAACCGCAUCCCGCUCGCGCUGCUCUUUUACAAGGUCAAGGACCACUCGAAAGUGCGCGAAGACCAGAGCCGGACGCUCAUGCUCGACCUGCUGUGCUCCGCGCCUCGGCGACCUCUCGGUCAUGUCGCGGGCGCUGCUGCUCGACGCGCUGAUGGUCAUGAAGAUCAGCGCGCAGCCGCUGGCGGAAAAGUGGUGCGCAACAUCAUCCUCAAGACACGGGGGACGACCUCAGACAACCUCAAGACGUACACGGACGCCAAAGGCGACCACAGUAUGCACAAACUCGUGUUCAACGACAUUCGCGACCCGACGGUCCGGACGGACGUUAUCAGUCACAUCCAGCGCGAAGCAAGUGUACAGAUUGCCCACACGCGGCUGGGGACAAAGCGCGGCCGCAGUCGUAAGCAGCAGGCGUGGCGCAAGGUGCUCGGUGACGUGGACGACACGCUGUACUCGUCCGGUGGACGGUACCCAGCAGGACUGGACACGCGCUUCCCUCGGCACACGCUGUGCCCGGGCGUCCUGGCGUUCUACCGGGAACUGGACAUGGGCACAGUCGGGCCGGAUGACUGGACAGGCGGCCGCGUCGGCAACCUCGUGUUCCUCUCGGCACAGUCGGGUCACGCGUUCAUGUGGCAAGGGGAACUGGAACCAAUGGCACAAAAGAAGUUUGAGAACUCCAGUGAAUUCUACCAGCUUUAUCCGGAGUUCAAACACGUGUUUGUCGGGGAUAACGGACAAGGGCGACGUGCGUGCUGCGGAGCUAAUUGUGGAGAGACUUGGCUCGGACGCAUUAGAGGCUGCGUUUUUUCAGCGCGUGCGCCCAUGGAAAAGAUGUACAACUACCACUCGAAGGAGGAUUUGAACCGCUGGCGCGCAAUGAACAUAUUUUUCUUUGAUACGUACGUGGGUGCAGCUGUCAGGGACUUUUCGUACGAAAGAGGAUCCGACUUAGUGGACUAA